CUGCGUCGGUGUCGGUUGCGACUUGAUAGACACUCGGUAUUGUUACAUCUCGAGUAAACCGACAUUCAGUUUUAAAUUUUUUAUAAAAAAAUAUUUGUUUAAUUUAAUAAUUCCUUAUUUAAAAGUCGAUAUUAUAGGUUCCAAAUACUGAUAAGCCGCGGAGUGUCUAUUGUUUCCUCAACGUUAUAUUUUACAAAUAUUUCUUUCUCGUGACAUUUAUUUAUCGAUAAUAAAAAUGGUUGUGCCGUUAUUAAUGCUAUUGGUUUUUACUACAAGCCUAGCUUCUGACGAGGACGACAUGGUAAUUGUUACCGAAACUCCGAUUCCAGUAACAGAGGUGGCAGCAGUCUUAGGAUCCACAGCUAAACUACCCUGUGAUUUGUCACCACCAACAGACCAUGACAGAGUCUCCCUAAUCAUAUGGUACAAGGAUGGAGCCAAGACACCCAUAUACAGCCUCGACGUACGAGAAAGAGGACUAGGGCAGGGCAGGGAGGUGAAGCAGACCGAGGGUCAGUUAUCCUAUUCCACCAAUUUCCCGGACUCUAACCUGCUCCUGGACAAUAUCCGUGACCAGGAUCGCGGCCUCUAUAAGUGCAGGGUUGACUUUAAACAUUCACCCACCAGAAACGCUCAUGUAAACCUUUCCGUUAUAGUGCCUCCGGUGAGCGUCAUGCUUACAGAUUCAUCCGGCGUUACUCUACAUCAAUCAACGGUGGGUCCAGUCGCUCAAGGGUCAUUAUUGGAGGUGGCCUGCGUCGCUCUUGGAGGAUGGCCCAGCCCGAGACUAACUUGGUGGCAAGAUAACGAUAUGAUAGACGACUCCAUGGAUCAGCCACUUGACGACCGGGUCAGAAACACUCUGACCAUCAAGACAGUGACUAGAGAGUUGCUGGACUCCAGGCUGGAGUGUCGAGCCUCCAAUAGUCCCCUACUAGCUCCCGUGGUCAUUCUACUAUCUCUAGACAUACUCUUAGUCCCAUUGGACGUGCGGCUUGUGGGGGAGAAUCUGCCGCUAAGCGCCGGGUCACUGUACGAAGUGGCUUGUAAAAGUGUAGGCUCCAAACCUACACCCAGCAUAACUUGGUAUCGAGCCGGCAAACUACUCCAAGCUCCUACAAGACUUGUUACCAGUGAGGACAACAAUAUGACCACCAGCACAGUGACACUGACCGCUGCUAGAGAGCACAACGGCCAGCUCCUCACCUGUCGGGCAGCCAAUCCUCACAUACCGUCCAGCGGCUUGGAGGACAGUUGGAUGCUCAACAUACACUACAGGCCUGUUGCUGCGGUCGAAGUGGGCAGCAGUCUGAACGCCACGAAUAUCCGAGAAGGAAUGGACGUUUACUUGGAGUGUAAUGUGGACUCGAACCCCAGACCUGCCAGGGUGUUAUGGACCCACAAUGGUGUUCCAGUCAACAACAACGUCAGCGCCGGUCUUCUCACCACCAACCAGACCCUAGUUCUUCAGUCAGUCAGGAGAGAGAGCUCAGGAUCCUACUCUUGUACAGUAACAAAUUCGGAGGGUGAAGCUUCAAGUGAUCAUUACGUUCUUAACAUUAAAUAUUCACAUCAGAGAUUCACUUUGGGACACAUCCAUUAUCCUCCUCUAUCCAUGAACCGAAGGUGUAAGGAGUCACAGCAGCGCGUGUACGGUGCGGCUCGGUUCGAGGAACUGCUUGUCACGUGUCAGGUGGACGCAAACCCUCCGGCCACCGAAUUUCGAUGGAUGUUCAACAACUCCGUAAUCCAAGAGAAGAGGCUAGAGAGUACCCACACAGGAGACCGCAGUGAGGCCAAGUACACGGCGUUCACCGAGACCGACUUCGGCACCGUUUUGUGUUGGGCCGGUAACGAGAUCGGUUUUCAAAUGGUGCCUUGCGUUUUUCACGUAGUGCCUGCAGGUGUCCCUGACGCCCCCCACAACUGCAGUGUUACCAACCGCAGUCAGAGCUGGGUGCACGUCGUGUGCUACCCUGGUUUUGACGGUGGGCUGCCUCAGCAAUUCACGGCAGAAGUGUUGCGUGCUGACGGUGGUACGGUCAGCAAUACGACCAGCCGUUCACUACCACAGUUCACCCUGACCAGCCUAGAGCCAGGAGUGUCCUACAGUGUCGUGGUGUACUCUAGCAACGCCAAGGGCCGCAGUGGGCAGCGUGUCACUAUAGAGAUAACAACUCUUGGCCACACGCAGACGCACAGAAGGACAACUGAUACAUCUCUUCCAACCAUGGAUCCACUGCUACUAGUGACCUCUGGUAUCGUGAUUGGAGUCAUGCUGAUGGUGGGUAUUGUGUUGGUGGCCAUCGUCUGUGUGAAGCGGCGAAGUCUCCAGGGAUCUCCCGAUGUCAGUUCCGUGCAUCUGGACAAGACUCACUCUCUACUCUCAAUCACUGUUCCUGCAAUCAACGUUGAGGACGAUCGUAAUCCAGACGUCGUUCCUCAUAAGACUGAAGUAGAAACAACAACAAUGACCCCUUCCUGCGAUUCGGCGGUGGAAUCCCAGUGGAUCUCUCCCAUCGCAGUCGCAUUGCCUAAGGAGGCAAACUGGGGAGUUAGUGUAUGGCCCAGUAACUCUCCCGUACAGAAACUGUGUCCUGUUCCUGUACAGCGAAACGCCGGUACACAAACCCUACAGCAUAAGGAGAGUACUGUCUAGCAAGAACUGAGCGAGCUGUCGAGAAGCCGCAGCCGAGAAAAAGACUGAGGCUGCAGCUUAGUUCGACAAAAGAGCUGAACGCUGGGCGCAAGCUCUUCGCUCUCCAGGUAUCUUACAUGUUGUCUACAUGUGAUGGUGUUUUACUGUGUUAUAUAGCACCGAACAAUAUAUAAAAACGUAUCAUGUAUU